AGGAGCCAGCUGAUCUCAGCAGUGUCUGAACUGGCCCUUGAGCCUUGAAGCAUUGGAGACUCAGAGUUUGAGAACAGAAUGACGACACCUGGAACUUUCCCAGUAGAGUCUACCAAAGGCCCUCUUGCCAUGCAGCCUUCUCAAAAAGUAAACCUCAGGAGGACAUCUUCACUGGUGGGCCCAACACAAAGUUUCUUCAUGAGGGAAUCAAAAGCUUUGGGGGCUGUCCAGAUCAUGAAUGGCCUCUUCCAUAUUUCCCUUGGGGGGCUGCUGCUGAUCCCCACAGGGGUCUUUGCACCCAUCUGUGUGAGUGUAUGGUACCCUCUCUGGGGAGGCCUUAUGUAUAUUAUUUCAGGAUCACUCCUGGCAGCAUCAGCAGAGCAAACCUCCAGGAAGAGUUUGGUCAAAGCCAAAGUGAUAAUGAACUCCCUGAGCCUCUUUGCUGCCAUUUCUGGAAUAAUUCUUUCAGUUAUGGACCUACUGAACAUUACAGUUUCUCAUUUUUUAAAAAUGGAGCGUCUGGAUCUUAGUAAAACUCCCAACCUGUAUGUUGAUAUCUACAACUGUGAACCGUCUAAUUCCUCGGAGAAAAACUCUCCAUCUACACGGUACUGUUACAGCAUGCAGUCUGUGUUUUUGGGCAUUUUGUCAGUGAUGCUGAUCUUUGCCUUCUUCCAGAAACUUGUGACAGCUGGCAUUGUGGAAAAUGAGUGGAAAAGAAUGUGCUCCAGACCCAAAGCUAAUGUGGUUCUACUGUCAGCUGGAGAAAAGAAAGAACAGACGAUUAAAAUGAAAGAAGAAAUCAUUGAGCUAAGUGGAGUAUCUUCCCAACCAAAGAAUGGAGAAGAAAUUGAAAUUAUUCCAGUGCAAGAAGAAGAAGAAGAAGAAACAGAAAUAAACUUUCCGGAACCUCCUCAGGAACAGGAAUCCUUGCCAGUGGAAAAUGAGAUCUCUCCUUAA